AUGGCCGAAACCGAAUCGAGUGCUCACACUGCCCGGUCGGCGCUCAUGACCAACAGAGCCAAUUCUACCUCGGUCCUCUCACCCAAAGGUAUCCUGAAGAACAAAAUCGGCCCACAGGAGUCUCGCUCACCCCACUUAACAUGGGAUGAACCAAACUUGGCGUUGAACGAUCUUAAUCGAGAUUCCACGAUGAAGAUCACCGAACCUAAGACUCCAUUUGUUCGCUACAAUGCAGAAACUGAUGAGGUGAUGGAUCUGGAAUCUAUUCCUGAUUUCGAUCUCGGUCGCGCGUCAUCGUCCUCAUCAUCUUCCCAUCAAGCCUCCGCUAUCCAUGAAGAACCGAUGGCCACAGACGAAGAUCAAUCCCAAAACCCAUCAUCAUCCAUGCGUCGCUUUUCAUCCUCAUCAUCCCGACGUGGUUCAGGGUCUACUGAAAGAAGACAAGUGCUGGUUCAGCCCCCAGUCGGCCCAUCAUCCACUGCCGGUGACGAUGCAUUAGAUGAUGAGGAGGAUGGGGCGGAUCUGGACCCGGAUGCUCGGGCAAAACAUGAUGCGUUUCUUCGAGCUAGAAAGGGUCACUACGGUAACGAGGCUGAGGCGAUGAAGAAAGCUCGUGAACUGGCUGAAAAAGAAGAGAUCGAAAGCGAAGCCACCGUCGAAUCUACCGCUGAAUCUGACCAAUUAAGCGAUUCAUCCAACUCUGAGGUAGUCCCUGCGGUCCCCAAUGGGGUCUAA